AUGGCUAUAGACAAUAGUUACGGUUACGUCCCUACCAAAUGGUUAGGAAUUGUUGCUGUAGUCCUUUUCUGUCUCGCUUUUGUCACGGAGGUUGCACAAUGUGUUCCCAUUCGUAGGUUUUUGUUAGUGGUACCCAUGAUUGGAACACUCGGUGAAAUUGUCGGUUGGAUAGCAAGAUUAAAGUCUUCAUCGGAUCCUUGGUCAACCAACUUGUUUUUGGUAAACUUUGUCGCAUUGUGUAUUGCUCCGGUUUUUUACACGGCUCAAAUCUACACAACCAUGCAAUACCUUGUCCGUCUUUACGGUCCCGACUUUUCUUACUUCAGUCCAAGAAUACCCUACCGCACCACGAUCAUUCCUGGAUCAACAGAAUCUUCUAAAUUGUGUCCUCCUCCUUCUCGCAACCGUAAACUUGCCAUCCAGACUCUGAUUGCCUCUACUGUCUUUGUAAUCAUUCGUUCUAUUUACCGUGUUGUUGAGCUUGCUGAUGGUUGGACCGGAUACAUUGUUAAACAUGAGCCUUUCUUUGCCAUUUUUGACUUUGUGCCUAUGUUCAUUACUUCCAUUCUACUCCUUGGAACAGUUGCCCCGAUGCUCGAGGUCCGUCGCAAAGUUGACACCACUGAGCUCAUGUUGAUGGAUACGAAAUUGCAGCGGCAAUUUUCGCACCUUUCGUCCAUGGGUUCUCAUGAUCAUAUUUACAAAACGAUUAGCAACCCUCUUUCCGUAAGUACUGCCGGUGAAAAGAAGAAAGACGUCGUCUUAUAG